ACAAAUGUCAACAAAUCAAUUUUUUUAUUGAUAGAAAUAAGUGAAAAUAUUAAGUUUGUUAAUAAAUUCAACAAAAUUUAAAUGGUUUUUCAACAAUUAAAAGUGCUCAUAUUGAGCAUUGUAGGUUUAUUACGACGUGCAUUAUGUUGCUUUUCCCGUAAACGUAAGCCAAGUUAUUCAGAACCCAUGACAAAUGUUGUGGUACAAUCAAAUUUGUCGUCGUCGCAAAGAACCCAAAAAUCCAUGGCAUCUGAGAGAGACUGGAACUCUUGGGAUGAUAGUCCACGUACAGUUGAAGAACACAUUGAACAAUAUCGUCAGCACAUUGCCAAACCCCCUACGCCACAAACUGAAGAACAAGAACCAGACUUUUUCAAAGAACUGACACCUGUUAUAAAACCUCAACUAAAGUAUUAUUUGGGCGAUGACUCCCAAACUAAUACCGAUUUUUCUCGCCUAGAGGCCAAAACCGAUGUGCCCAUAACAUUAAAUGCCGAAUUGGAAGAUUGGGUUGAUGAAAAUACAGGCGAUUGGGAAGAAAUGGAUACUGAGCAGGCGAAACAGUUAAUUCGUGAAAAACGUCGGGAAAUGCGUAAUAUGCGGCAAAAAAGUUCUACCAAAUCACCUCAAAUGACAAAUCAGUUACAGACCAGUGGCUUUUAUAAUACUGAAGUUACCUCCUAGUAUUGGUAUAAUUUUUAGUUAAGUUUAUUUUUUUUUUACUUUAUUACAUAUUGUUUUUACAUUGUUUUUUGAUUUCAUUCUUGUGUGCAAUUUAUUACUUUGGUUAUUUUAUGUACAGAAAAUUAAGGAAUUUGAUGAUUAUUAGAAAAAUGGAUUUGAUAUAAGUUCCCAAAUAAAGUAUUAGAAAAUACAUAUAUUGCAAUAUACAUAUUUAAAAAUA